AUGGUUGCCUCGUCGUUGGCCGGGAGCGUUCUGCUUCUGGCGCUGGGCUUCUCUCAGCAAGUUGCGGCGGCCUGCACCCGCACUAUCACGGCUCGGCCGGGAGACACUUGCGCGUCUCUGGCUGCUGAGGCCGGGAUCACGGUGACAGACUUCCUGAGGUCCAACCCCUCCGUCACCAGCUGCUCACAGCUUGUUGCUGGCGGAACAUAUUGCGUUCAAGGCACGGCAGACAGCGCACCGACCCCUAGUUCAACCUCCAGUUCCUCCAGUCCCGCAUCUUCGCCCACGGGACUGGGGGUCAGCACGGAUGGUUCCUGCGGCAAUGGCAUCACCUGCGCCGGGUCGAGCUUUGGCCCCUGCUGCUCGCCUCACGGAUAUUGCGGCAGCACCGACGACUACUGUGGAACUGGCUGUCAACCCGAAUUUGGCUCCUGUGGCAGCGGAGUGGGCGCCACCACACCGGCGGUAACGGUGACGGUCACAGUGACCGACACCACCAUUACAGCUGUAACUCGCACUUCUCUGGUCUACCAGACGUCUACUCUUACCGACAUCAUCACGCGGACAAAGACCACCACCGCCGCCACGGCGACCGUCACGCUGACCACCAUCAAGACAUCGACCAGCACGCGCACGGUGGACCUGACAUCCUUCUCCAUCAACACCAUCACCAGUAUCGUCACUUCCACUCGCGUGGUCACUUCUAACGGAUGCGGCACGCCCACAACCCCUAUCACAACCACAACCACGCAGGUACAGCCCGGAAACCCGUCUCCUACGCUGCCUGGCACUCCCAGAAACUGCAAGGAUUUUGAUCUCAUCCAGCGCGGUGACACAUGCCGGAGCAUUGCCAUACGCAACGGCCUCUCUCUCCUGGAAUUCUAUUCACUCAACCCGUCGGUGAGCGCAGACACCAUCGUCCUGUGCACGGGAGACCUGCCCGACCUGGUACUAAGUGGCCUGUGCCAGAUUUCGUGCGACGCCCUGUGGCCGGGCUACUACGUGUGCGUGGGGAGAUGA